GCCCUCCCCGCUCCUCCACUCCCACCCCGGGUGAAAACUGCGGGCGCCGGCAGGGUGCUGCAACUGGAGGCGGCGGUGCGUCCGGGGGAGGCUGCAGCAGCAGAGGACGGGAGCCCAGAUUGAGGACUGAGCUCUCUGCACCAUGAACCCCACCAUCGGCAUCACUGUUUUGCUGACAGUCUUGCAGGUAGCCCGUGGGCAGAAGGUGACCAGCCUGACAGCCUGCCUGGUGGACCAGAGCCUCCGUCUGGACUGCCGCCACGAGAACUCCACCACCUCCCCCAUCCAGUAUGAGUUCAGCAUAACCCGUGAGAAGAAGAAGCACGUGAUCUUUGGCACUAUGGGGGUGCCUGAGCACUCAUACCGCUCCCGAACCAACUUCACCAGCAAGUACAACAUCAAGGUCCUCUACUUAUCCGGCUUCACCACCAAGGACGAGGGGAUGUACACAUGUGAACUCCAGCUCUCUGGCCAGUCUACCACCAGCUCCAGCAAGAAUGUCUCUGUGCUCAGAGACAAACUGGUCAAGUGUGAGGGCAUAAGCCUGCUGGCCCAGAACACCUCGUGGCUCUUGCUGCUUCUGCUCUCCCUGCCUCUCCUCCAGGCCAUGGACUUCAUCUCCCUGUGACUGGCUGGGCAGGAAGCCACAAGGCCCAGGCCAGAGACCCUACUUCUCGGAGUUGGCUGACCCCCUACCCUCAAUCCCUCACACACCUUGGGGAGAAAUGGGGACCCUACCCCUCACAAGGAAUCCCAGUGCCGCAUGCCAUUGUCUACCCAUUCCCCAGCCCCACUGCUGCUCACACCCCCUCUGCACGCCACUGGCUGUCUUUUUUUUUUUUUUUUUUUUUUUUUUUAACUCUUUGUUCCAGAGUUGCUUCUGUCUGGUUUAUCCUUCCUUUUCUUUAGGAGUUUGUGAAAAGGGAAGCCAGGGUUGGGAAUGUGAUGGAGAGUGAGGGCAUGGGAGGGGUAGAAGGAUGGAGGGAUGCCAGUCCCUGGGAUGGGGGAGGGGGGGGAUCAUCCUUGCCCACCAGGACCAGAGGCCCAGGAGAGACCUGGAUGAGGAGGAGGAUGGGAUGCAUCUGGGCCUAGCACAUCCCCCAGCAGGCAGGGAUGGUGCCUGAAGACCCCGGAUGUGAGGGCACCACCAAGCAUCUGGGGCCCCUCACAAGAGGAGAGAAGGAACAUCUCCAGGAGCGGCCUCUGCCACAGCAAGAAGCCGUCCACAUACGGGAAGCAGUUCCACAUAGGGAACUGCCGAGGUUCCCUAGGGGCCUCAGGCCUGGUGCGGCCCCGUGAAAAAGCAGAUUCUGCCUGGGAGCCAUCUACUGGCGGGUUGGAGAGGGGGUAGAAGAGAGGGUCCAUCAGCCCUCUCUGCCUGAUGAAACUAAAACUGAGAGCCUGCUGUCCCUCACCACCUCAAGCAGCAGUUGAGAGGGUGGCAGAGGACAAGCCUCCUCCCAGCCUGGCCCAAGCUCCUAAGAGCUUCCAGAACUCUGGCCCGCAGGCAGUAAGUCAGGCCAGGUAGAGUCCCAGAGCGGAGCAGACUUUGGCCCGCGUUUGGGAGCCUCUUCCUUCCCUCCCCCGACAGUGCCAGCCCCUUCUGGCCGGUGGCCAAGCCUUGAGACGGCCCUCUGCCCCACAGGCCUGUCCUCUCGGGGACCUGGGGGGUAAGGGCAUCUGAGGCAGCCCAUGGAGUGAGACCCGUGAGCGGGACAUGCCUCGAGAGAUGGCUUUUCCCAACACCCGGCUCCCCAGCCGGCAGCUGUGCCCCGUCCUGUGACUGUGUGUAGUGCCACCACGGCUUAUGGUAUCUCAUUGAGGAAAAAGAAAAGUGUACAAUAAAACCAAGCCUCUGGAA